GCGAACAACAUCUUACCAGAGUUACCUAAAUAUUGUAUAAAGCAAACGUAGAUCAUGGGUUGUUGUGCGAGCAAUCUGAAACUGAAGGAGCUGAACCUCAACAGCAGUAUCUAUUUGGCAGCUGAUGGAUCGGGUUCAGGAUCGGGAAAACGCUCCCUGAAGCGGUUGUAUAGCAGCCGAAACAGCAGCGGAGUGGGCAGCAGCUCAUCCUCGUCGAAGAACUCCUCCAGCCGCAGCAUUUGGAGCCGAUCCAGCCAGCCCAUCUGCGAUGACUUCGCCGAACAGCCCCAGCUGGACAGAUCCUGUGGGUAUUACACCUGCAGCAGUGCCAACUCGUCGCCCAGGAAGCAGCAGGAGGAUGGCGAUGAGGAGGAGGAAGAGGUACUGAUGCGCACCCAGGACAUGAGCGAGGCCUCCCAGUCCCGCAACUCCACGGAAUCCCAUCCGAUGGCCGGCAAUCUGGAGUGGGAGAUGUACAUGAUGCAGCAGGCGCAGCGCAUCAUGCCCAAGACAUCGUCGCCCAUCAGCCAGAGGAGGGGCAAUGGCCACAUACCGGCCUCGUCCUACCAGAAGUGGCGGAACUACCUGCAAUCCACGCCCGCACACAUGCUGCACAACGUCACCCACAUCCCGGAGGCCAUUGCCGGUCACUUUUGCCCCACUGGCUUCCCGGGCUUCAGCGAUCUUGAGGAAAUGGAGAGCGCUGCCAAGCGGUUCAAGGUGGAUCUGGCGGAAGAGCCACUGGAAGAGCCGCUGUACACCACCUACCAACUGCUGGCUGGUUACACGCACACCAUAUCCACAGAUCUGUGAAUAGGAAGCCUCCCCACCCGACGCCACCCCUUCAAUCGCACCAUCUCCGCUUGGUUCGGAGUGGUUCGACGAUUGAUGGACCCAUUGACGUAAUCCCCGGCGAGGACUGGCAACAGGUGUGCCAGCUGUCAAACAGUUGGGCAAAUACUCAUUCUACCCCUUCGGCGAUUCCAUUGCCCAGCAAUGGCCAUCGCAUACGCACGAUUUUACAAAAAUACACACAUUUUUUUUACUGUAUAUCAUACAACCUAGAUUUAA